GCCCACUCACCUACUACAACUUAGACGCUCCCCCGGAGGAGAUCGAGCGAGAGCGCCGCAGGGGGCGGAGAGAGAAAGCUUGGAGAUGGGAUGGUCGAUAGCUCUCCAUGGAGGAGCGGGCGACAUCCCUUACUCGCUCCCUCCGGAGCGGAGGGCGCCGCGCGAGGCCGCCCUCCGCCAAUGCCUCGCCAUCGGGGUCGCCGCCCUCAAAGCCAGCCGACCUCCGCUCGAUGUCGUGGAGCUCGUGGUUCGUGAACUGGAAAACUGUCCCCACUUUAAUGCUGGCAAAGGAUCUGUUUUGACCACCGAUGGUACUGUUGAAAUGGAAGCUUGCAUCAUGGAUGGUAACACCCAGAAAUGUGGAGCCGUCUCAGGUCUAUCUACUGUUGUUAAUGCCAUAUCUCUUGCACGACUUGUGAUGGAGAAGACUCCGCAUAUUUAUCUAGCUUUUGAUGGUGCUGAGGCAUUUGCAAGGGAGCAAGGUGUAGAAACUGUAGAUGCAAAUCAUUUCAUCACUCCUGAAAAUGUUGAGAGACUGAAGCAAGCAAAAGAAGCUAACCGUGUGCAAAUUGAUUAUACCCAGCCUGUCAAAGAGGACAAGCCUCAAGAAACAUCUAGUGGCAAAGGUGACAGCCAGAUUGGGACUGUUGGAUGUGUUGCCGUUGAUGGCAGUGGAAACUUAGCUGCAGCAACAUCCACAGGUGGAUUGGUGAACAAGAUGGUGGGUAGGAUAGGAGACACUCCCGUCAUAGGUGCAGGAACAUAUGCGAAUUCCUUCUGUGCAGUCUCUGCUACAGGCAAAGGUGAAUCCAUCAUCCGAGCUACCAUUGCCCGGGAUGUAGCUGCAUUGAUGGAGUACAAAGGGCUUUCACUGAGGGAGGCUGCAGCCUAUGUUGUCAAUAAUGUUCCAAGGGGAAAUGUCGGUCUAGUUGCUGUUUCUGCCAAAGGAGAAGUUACCAUGCCUUUUAACACAAGGGGAAUGUUUAGGGCCUGUGCAACUGAGGAUGGUUACUCAGAGAUUGGAAUAUGGCCUUCUGAGACUGAUUGUGUUCUUCCAGACCCUAAAAGAUAAGGAACUAAGUUCCCAAUUUGUCUCUCAUUCAUCUCUAUAUUAUUCUGUGGAAAAUUAAAAUAUUGGAUAUUGAACAUGGCAAAGGCUGGAUAUUGGAUGUCUUUCAGUCUUUCCUAGAACUAGUAAUUUUUCUCCAUGUCUACUGGAAAUCAUGAUUUCUCUCUUUAGCUGGAUAAA